AGUCCAUAGAUUACUAGAACCAAAAUGCAAUAGUUCGAGCAACAGCAAUUUGUCAGUUUCAAUAGAAUCUGAAGAAGAGGAAAACUUGCAACUUAAUGAAUUAAUAGAUUUUAAUCAGCAUUCUCAAAGUGAGCUUGAGAUUCAAGAAGAUAUAGCUUUUGAAAGACUUCCAAAUGUCAUGAGUUCUGUUGAAAAUAUAGAUGAAAGUAAAAAUAGAGUUGAAAAUGAAAGUAUAAAUGAGAGUGAAAAUACAGAUGAAAAUAUAAAUGAAAGUAAAAAUAGAGAUGAAAAUGAAAGUAUAGAUGAGAGUGAAAAUACAGACAAAAAUGAAAAUAUAAAUGAAAGUGAAAAUACAGAUGAAAGUGAAAAUGAGAAUGUUAAUAUGGUUUUUGAAAAUGAUCAGCAGAAGGAAAAUUAUGUUUUAUUAGCUUUACGUAAAUGGGCUUUAUCAGGUGGUGUUAUUUCCAUGUCUAAAAUAGAUGAAUUACUUGCGAAGCUUCGACCUGUAUUUAAUAAUCUGCCUAAAAGUUAUAAAACUUUACUGAAAACUGAUGAUAGUAAGAGAGUAUUGGAAGCGUGGAAGAAUUGGAUAAGUCCAUGGAAACUACACUGGACUGUUUUUGUCGUUGUGAAAUUUGUAAACGAAGAUGUUGAUUGCGAUGAGGAAGAUGAUUCUUUAUUUGAAGUUGGUCUUACUAAAUGGCUAAAAGAAUUAGAUAAUGAGAAGAAUGCAAAAAUUUCCUGGCCUCCUAAAUCUGAACAGAGUACUGCAAUUAAAAAACAAACAGAUGCACUUCCUUCAUGGCCGAUAUAUAAUGUUAUUGUUUUAAAAUCUUAUGAUUUACUUUUGGCUGCACGGAAUGCACGGAAUGGAUAUAUUAUAUCUUCAAAUUAUGAAACAGAAUGUGAAUUUGGUCGUGGCAAACGUAAAAAAAUCUCAACAAAAGUGACACAAAAGAAGAAAAAUACUUCAACUUCUGAAGAGUCAGAUUUUGAUGAUGGUGUUACACAGAAAAAAUCUAAACAAAGUGCUCCUUCUCCACCAGUUAUUUCCUUUCGAUCAAACAAAAAUAAAGCUGAGAAAAAUACCAAAGGUAGUAAAACCAAAAACAAAUUAUUACAAAAAAAUUAUAAUAAAUUAGAAGAAAAGAAUGACGCAAUGUUGACGUCUCGUCAAAAUCACGAAGCUAGAAAGGAUUUCCUACCUACAAACAUAAGUCAAGCAAAGAAGGUAACUUCAGCUAUGGAUAACAAAUAA